AUGGUAGUUGUAAAGGGUAAAGGAUCGCACUGUUCAUUUGUGGUGUACGAAGGAUCUUUUGCUUUGCUUUUCCUUAUAUUUUUAACAUUUACUGAAGAUGAACUCCAAAUGUUUAUUAAUUCAACUAAUUUACCAUUUUUACCAACUCCAAUGGGAAAAGGUGUUAUUUCUGAUUUGGAUCCACAUUGUGUUUCAAGUGCAAGAACAACUGCUUUACUUCAUGCGGAUGUUAUACUUUUAUUGGGAGCUAGAUUAAACUGGAUGCUCCAUUUUGGUCGACCUCCACGAUAUCAAAGUGACGUUAAAAUCAUACAGGUAGAGAUAUGUGCAGAAGAAUUACAUAAUUCAGUUACAUCAGAAGUUGCUAUUCAAGCGGAUACACGUAAAAUUUCUGAUGCCCUUCAAAGCAAGAAUUUUUAUUUUGGUCAAGAAGAAGACUGGUGGACUCAAUUAGAAAAAGCUGGAAGUGAAAAUAAAAUGAAAUUACAGCAAUUAUCAUCAGAUAUAUCAGUUCCACUGAAUUAUUACACCGUUUUUAAACAUAUUCAAGAUGUUUUACCUACUGACUGUAUUAUUUGUUCGGAGGGUGCUAAUACAAUGGACAUUGGUCGAUCUAUACUUUUAAAUUUACAUCCUCGCCAUAGGCUUGAUGCAGGAACAUUUGGAACCAUGGGUGUGGGUUUAGGAUUUGCAAUAGCUGCAGCAUUACAUUGUAAAGAUUUUUCUCCAAAAAAACGAGUUAUUUGUGUUGAAGGAGACAGUGCAUUUGGAUUCUCAGCGAUGGAAAUUGAAACAAUGUUCAGGUAUAAACUUCCGAUAAUAAUAAUCAUAGUUAAUAAUAAUGGAAUCUACGGAGGUUUUGACAAAGAAACCUUUAAUCAAAUUCAGAAUCAAGGGCCAACAAUAUUUACUCCACCAUAUUCACUGUGUGCUGACGUUCAUUAUGAACGAAUGAUGGAGCUUUUCGAUAGAAAAGGAUAUUUUUGUACUACUGUAGACGAUAUUCAAAAUGCAGUAAAGAGCUCUUUAAAGGUAACAGAUGCACCAAGUCUUAUAAAUAUACUAAUCAAUCCAACUGCUGAACGCAAAGAACAAAAAUUCGGGUGGCUGACAGAAUCAAAGCUUUAAUAUUAUAUUUUUAUGAUAGAUGAUUGUUGAAUAAUGGAUAAAAGUUUGUACUAAAUUUAAGAAAAUAUUUUUAUUAAAAAAAAAUAUAAUAUGAAAUCUAUUAUAUAUGAAAAUAGAA